AUGCAUCGGGAUGCAACUGCCACAGGGACAGCAGCAGCUUUAGCACCAGUGCCGUCAUCAGCCUCCCCACCAUCAGCACUGCCAUCAAAGAGAGAAAGCGGCGAGGUUUCCACCUCCCACAGGCACUUCCUUUCGCUCCUCCGAGAGUGCUACGCUGGGCAGGUCUUUGACUCCUCUCCCGUUGACUUCACGUCUGACCUAGGCGUCAGGUUCCUCUCCCAACCUCCACCUGUAACAGCUCAACCACAAGCCACUUCCCAAGCAUCCGCCACCUCCCAACAACCUUUACCCUCCCAACCGCCCCUCACCCCUCAAUCCACUGGUUCUGCUCCUGCUUCUGCUGUUGCGACUGCUCUUGCUGCUGCCACUACUCCUGCCACUCCUGCUCCUGUUGCUCCUGCAGCUUCUGCUGCCACAGCCGCCCAGCAGCCGAGGACUGUGCGGCACACGUUGGUGCGGUCAGCAGCUGUCGUGCUUGACUGGCUGCUGCUACCCGAGUUUGAGAAGCAGCGGGCAGCACAGUGGGCCAGACUCCUCCACUGCUCGGUGCGUGUUGUUCCCUCCCUCCGUUACGCUGAGCCUGCAUCGUUGCCAACCAAGCUGCUUGGAAUUUCCUCCAACUUCCGAGAUUCCACUCUUAAAUUCUUCAGCUUCAUCCGCACGACCUCAUCUGCCUUCCCCCAUCCGCAUGUUCACUUUCAACUGCAUUCCCCUUCCUCCUUCCAGUCCCUGGCGCCGGUGCUGCUGCUGUGCAGCACGGACGACCAGCUGGCACCGAAUGGGUUCAUCCGCCAGGAUGAGAGAGAGGCGGGGGCAAGGGGCGCAGCAUGGCUCUUUCACAUUUGUUUCACAUGCAUACCCCCAUUUGCCUGCCUGCUCACCCCCUUUCAGCCCAUGGCGCCGGUGUUGCUGCUGUGCAGCACGGACGACCAGCUGGCUCCCAUUGGGUUCAUCUGGAAGUAUGAACGGGAGGCAGUGACGAGGGGCGCAGCAGUGACAAGGGUGGAAUGGAGCACAUCGGAGCAUGUUGGUGAGUGGGGAAGGGAUUCGUGA